UCACUUAGUUUUGUUUCCCCCUUAAAUCUGCACCUGACUGAAUGCUGUACUCGCCUCACCCAUCUGGCCCUGAGCGCUCAGGGAUCACGUGACCAAGAAGCUACCUGGUUUGAGGCCAGGGGCUCUGGGUGCCGUGUCUUCACAGUGGCUGGCGUUGUGUAAGGGGCAGGUAGGAAGGCUGCAGUCACCCCGUGGCUCAGGUGUGACAAGCUUGGAGUGUGUGGGACCUGCUGGGAACAUGCCUGGUGGCCACGCUCAGCUUCUCCCCCAGCGCCGACUGUUUCACACCUGCUCCGUUAGGGUCAUUUCCUCUAGUUUGGGCAGACAGGGCCAGAGUUACUGCUCUGAGCAGGGAAGCUAAGAAGAGUGAGCCAGAGAAGGAGGGACUAUGGGGCUGGCACCGGGGGCACCUUCUCACCGAGGAGGCCAAGAAGGGGCGGGGACACAAGAGGGCAGCGCGCUCACAAUGGCAGGACUGGCCCGAGAAGGAGGCGGGGAGCUGGGGAGCUCGGCGCCCCGAGGGCACCCGGAGCAGAGGAGCCCUGUGUGUGGGGGGUGGUCACAGCCGCCUCGGCCUCUGAGUUCAGCACCAGGCGUGUGGACAGCUCGGAGGUGGGUUUGGAAGGGGCUGUUAGACAAGAUUAGGUGGUUGUGUGCUUUGUGGGAAGUGCUGGGCAUCGGGCUUUUUUUUUUUUUUAUAAACUUAAGGAGGAAAGGAGCAGGUAUGGAUGGUAGGACCUUAAAGCUCUUCUUGACCUUGAAGAAUGAAGCACUUGGGCCCCAGAUCAUGGGUGUUCAGUGGAUGACUAGAGGUACGCAAGCCAGGAGCAGGGUGACUGCGGGGAUGCUCAGCAGGGCCUCCCUCCUGCCACUGCAGUGGAUGCUCCUGACGAGGGGAGGAGGUGGCGCCAGCUGUGUCCUCUGACCUGCCUACUUGGAUGUGGCUAGAUUUCUACCCCGAGAAGGUGGAAACUCCAUUUAUGCUGAAGUUUUAGACAGAUGGAUCCAGGCAUGGCUGCUGUAUCAGGGUGUCUAUUAUAUAGUUAUAAUUUUAAUGUAGGGGUUGGAGUGAGCCAUGACCCCACGCUUGGAGAUGCCAGGAGAGCCCCUCCCAAGAUGCGCAUUAAAUAAUGCUCCGUGGGGUGUCCUUUCUACAACCCAAGGAGAGGGCUGGCCUGUUCAGCUGCCAGUCGGUUGGACAAUGGGUGGAGCGUCAGAGAUUUUCAGACACACAGUCAGACUUCCUCCACGGGGGACACAGGCGUCACCGCCAGGAACCAGGGGUGCUGUGACAGCUGUCAGGAGGUGCAGGGGUGCGUGUGUGUGGUUUAGCCUCAGCCAUCAGAGAAUGGAGAGCAGGAUGUAUGCUGAGGAUCCCGGAGACAGCAGGACUUCAGCAUCUUCAAAGCAGAAGGCUGCUCUGGGGUCUGCCCUGCUGCGGCUUGCGGGCUGGGCUGGGAGAUGGCGAGUAUUCUGCUGGAAUGGCUGGUGGGAGACGGAGCAAGGAACGUACUUGAAAGCUGCUCGGAAAUCCUUCAAGGGGGCGUCUCUCCAGAGAUGAGCUUAGAAAAUGACGAGAAGAGAGCUCGUACGAGAUCCAAGGCCCUCCGAGCUCCCCCAGAGCCCACAGGUGCCGACCUCAGCUGUCCCACUCCCGGAUGCACGGGCUCGGGACAUAUCCGGGGCAAGUACUCCAGGCACCGAAGUUUACUGAGCUGCCCUCUGGCCAAGAAGAGGAAGCUGGGGGGCGCCGAGGCCGAGCACCUGGGGUCCAAGCGGAAGGCACACCCCCUGAAGCUGGCUCUGGACGAGGGCUACGGCGUGGACAGCGACAGCAGCGAGGAUGCCGAGGUGAAGGGCGCCUCUGUUUCUGAUGAAUCGGAAGGAACUGCGGAGGAGGACGAGGCUGAGGCGUCAGGACAGGAGGAGAUUCAUCGCCCCGAGCCAGCUGAAGGAAGGAGCACCAUCAAGGCUCGUUUCGGAUCCAAUCCCAUCAGCAGCCUCACGGGCUCCUCCAAGGGCAGCUACAGCAGCUAUCAGGAGAUCAUCGCAACUUCUCUCCUAAAUUUGGGCCAAAUCGCCGAAGAGACACUGGUCGGGGAAGACUCGGGCCAGGGGGCCAAGCGGGGCGCCGGCAUCGUGCGCCUGGUGCGGGAGGAGGCUGAGGAAGGAGCCACCAGCGACGAGGGGGAGAAGGAUGUCUUCAUCCAGCCGGAGGACGCAGAGGAAGCGAUCGAAGUCACCAGUGAGCGCUCCCAGGAGCUGCGUCCCCAGUCCCUGGAGGGUGUGGCCAGCGAGGAGUCCAGCAAGCAGAGGGUGGCCCUGGGCACUGAGCGGGGGGAGGCCCCGCCUGAUGCGAUCUGCCAGGAGCAGGCCCCCCCCGCCCCCCGCCCAGAGGCCUCUGAGCCCCGGCGCCCGGCGCCGCCCAGCCCCAGGCCCGCGUACUCCGUCCUCGUGGAAGUGCGCUCUGACGACAACGGGAAGGAUGAGGACUCGAGGUCCCAGAAGUCCACAGUCACGGAUGAGUCGGAGAUGUACGACAUGAUGACCCGUGGGAACCUGGGCCUCCUGGAGCAGGCCAUCGCCCUGAAGGCUGAGCAGGUGCGGGCCGUCCGCGAGCCGGGAUGCCCACCCGCCGAGCAAGGCCCGCUGGGCCCGGGCGAGCCGGGGAAGGCGGCGAGGCCCCUGGAUGCCGCCCGGAAGAGCUACUGCAGCAAAGAUCCCUCAAGAGCUGAGAAGCGUGAGAUCAAGUGUCCGACACCAGGCUGCGACGGCACCGGCCACGUCACUGGGCUGUACCCGCACCACCGCAGCCUGUCCGGCUGCCCCCACAAGGACAGGAUCCCCCCGGAGAUAUUGGCCAUGCAUGAGAACGUGCUCAAGUGCCCCACUCCUGGCUGCACAGGCCAGGGCCACGUGAAUAGCAACCGUAACACGCACAGAAGUUUGUCUGGGUGUCCCAUUGCUGCUGCCGAAAAAUUAGCCAAAUCUCAUGAGAAGCAACAGCCACCGACGGGAGACCCUUCCAAGAAUAGCUCCAGUUCGGAUCGGAUCCUCAGGCCCAUGUGCUUUGUGAAGCAGCUUGAGGUCCCUCCGUAUGGAAGCUACCGGCCCAGCGUGGCCUCCACCACACCCAGGGCCAACCUGGCCAAGGAGCUGGAGAAGUUCUCCAAGGUCACCUUUGACUACGCAAGUUUUGACGCUCAGGUUUUUGGCAAGCGCAUGCUUGCCCCAAAGAUUCAGACCAGCGAAACCUCACCGAAAGCCUUUAAAUCCAAACCUUUCCCAAAGGCCUCUCCCCCCAGGCCCAGCCCCUGCACUUCGUCCUCUUCUACAGGCUUCGACUACGCCCAUGACGCGGAGGCCGCACACAUGGCCGCCACGGCCAUCCUGAACCUCUCCACGCGCUGCUGGGAGAUGCCCGAGAACCUCAGCAUGAAGCCGCAGGACCUGCCCAGCAAGGCCACGGACAUUGCGGUGGAUGAGAACGGAACCCUGGAUUUGAGCAUGCACAGACACCGCAGGCGGGAGAACGCUUUCCCCGGCGGCGGUGGCGGCCCCGGUGUGACCUCGCCUGAUGCCUGCCAGGGCCAGAGCAUCACGGCCCCCAGCAGCUCCGUGGCCUCGCCCCAGUCCAGCCACGCCUCCCGCCAGGACGAGUGGGACCGGCCCCUGGACUACACCAAGCCCAGCCGCCAGCGAGAGGAGGAACCUGAGGAGUCAGAGCCAGCAGCCCAUUCUUUUGCUUCUUCUGAAGCAGAUGACCAGGAAGCGUCGGAGGAGAAUUUUGAGGAGAGGAAGUACCCCGGGGAGGUCACCCUGGCCAACUUUAAGCUGAAGUUUCUCUCCAAGGACAUAAAGAAGGAGCUGCUCACCUGUCCCACCCCCGGCUGUGACGGCAGUGGCCACAUCACUGGGAACUAUGCUUCCCACCGCAGCCUCUCUGGUUGCCCUCUUGCUGACAAGAGCCUCAGAAACCUCAUGGCUGCCCAUUCUGCUGACCUCAAGUGCCCCACACCCGGCUGCGACGGCUCCGGCCACAUAACGGGGAACUACGCAUCGCACCGGAGCUUGUCAGGCUGCCCUCGUGCCAAGAAAAGCGGAGCCAAGGCUACACCCGCAAAGGAUGACAAGGAAGACCCUGAGCUGAUGAAGUGCCCAGUUCCAGGCUGCGUGGGGCUUGGUCACAUCAGCGGCAAAUACGCCUCUCACAGAAGUGCGUCGGGCUGCCCUCUGGCCGCCCGAAGGCAGAAAGAGGGCUCCCUCAAUGGCUCAUCCUCCUCCUGGAAGCCCUUGAAGAACGAGGGGCCCACCUGCCCCACCCCGGGCUGCGACGGCUCCGGCCAUGCCAACGGCAGCUUCCUCACCCACAGGAGCUUGUCCGGCUGUCCCAGAGCGACCUUCGCUGGAAAGAAGGGAAAAGUCUCAGGGGAUGAGGUUCUCGGCACAAAAUUCAAGACGAGUGAUGUGCUGGACAGCGACGAGGAGAUCAAGCAGCUGAACCAGGAGAUUCGAGACCUGAACGAGUCCAACUCCGAGAUGGAGGCCGCCAUGGUGCAGCUGCAGUCCCAGAUCUCGUCCAUGGAGAGGAGCCUGAAGAACAUCGAGGAGGAGAACAGGCUCAUCGAGGAGCAGAACGAAGCCCUGUUCCUGGAGCUGUCCGGCCUGAGCCAAGCCCUCAUCCAAAGUCUUGCCAACAUCCGCCUUCCGCACAUGGAGCCAAUAUGCGAACAGAAUUUUGAUGCCUAUGUAAGCACCCUCACCGACAUGUACUCCAACCAGGAGUGCUACCAGAACCCCGAGAACAAGGACCUCCUCGAGAGCAUCAAGCAGGCCGUGAGGGGCAUCCAGGUCUAGUCCUCCUCGUGUGAGGAGCCCUCGUGCUGAUCCGGGGCACCGGGGGUACCCCGACUUGCCUCCAUCUUUUACCUCCCUUGCCCUGCCCUCCCAGUGGAGAUUCCCAACUCACAGUGACUUCUAGUUGGCAGCCCAGGGCGGCCUCGGGGGGUUUACCCAGAGGGGUGCCUGGAAAUCCGUGUCUCCCUCGAUGCGAUGCGCUCGCCGGGCCAGAGGCCUUGACCUCUCCACACGAGUGCGGGGCGUGAAGUAUUACAAAGUGAUUUAUUUUUGCUUCUGAAAGCUCGAAGUCUCCAGGGGAAACUCAAGGACCAGGUUCUCAGGGAAGUUUUGGAGCUGCAGCCACAGUACUCCUUUGUCUGUCAAGGCCGAGAGGGCAGCCCGGCCGGGCGGUGGUGCGUGUGAUGAGCCAGCCUGGGGCGGCCAGUGCGCCUGCGCGGUGAGGCCGCGUGGCAAGUGUGUUUCCUGUUGUCCUUUAAUUCAGUUUUUACGUUAAGGGUGGAAGAGAACAGCGUUCCAGAGGGUAGGUUAGGAGUAGGCCUCGAGGAAGCUGGCCCAGGACCCCCUGAAAGACAGCGCCAGCUCCACAUGGAAGCACCCCCGGCUGAGCCUGCAGACCCUGUGCUCGGGGUUUGGCUCCCUCGAGGCUGUGGCCUUUAGACCCAUGUUGGGGUCAAGGCCAGGGCCUCUGGCUCUCUGUGUGCCCACGUGGCCCGUGACCCGCCCACCACCCGGGUCAUGGCUGAGCUUUACUGAGGUGGGGACAGUGUCAGCGAGGUCAGGGGAUAAGUUCCUAACUAGAGACCACCAAGGUGUCACUUCUUUUUAGAUCCAUUCGAGAUUAGAAAGAAGGUAAAUUUUGAUUUAAUGUGUUAAAAACACAAUGUUCCUAACGUGUAAAUAGAGUCCAAAUCAACUGUGACUGCGAUUCCAAGUUAGUAUUUAAAAGUAGAGAAAUUGCACUUCCUGGAAGAAAUAAGAAAGUAGUUAGUUUAAUUAUUCUGUAAAUUAUUUAAUUUUGUCAAAAUGUAAGUAUUUAUAUUCACAACCUCUUAUGUUAAUGUUUGCUAUUUAUUUAACAUUUUUAUUUAUUAAUUUUAUACUAUUUUACCUAGAUCCCACACUAGGACACACGAGAGGGAAAUCAAUGAAAUCAAAGCGAAAUUAACGAUUUCACUAUGCGAUAGGCCACACGAAAAAUCUUGCUGUAACUUCUAGUUAUGAUUUUAAUGCAACUGAGUUAUUUUUUAUAUAUUUUGUUAUUUAUUCUUUUAAUAAUGGAAUUUUAAAAAAGUAUUUUGUAACAGGAAUUUUGAUAAUUUGGGGAUAUUUCCCCCUCGGUCCAAUGGAAAGAACGACUUUUUGGUUUUCUUCAUCCCUUUUGGCUCCUUUGGUUUCAGGCGCGGACGACAGCAAAUGGAAUUCUGUAUUUAUUGUUUAUUUAAGCGUAGUGCAGACGUGUGUGCUCUGGCGUGUUUCUUGUGUCGCGUCUGUGUGCCGGUUCUUGAUGGCUGAGUCCUGUUGCUGUGAGGGGUGCUGGCCGCAGGCCUCCCUGAGCAGCUGCCCGCUCUAGGCUCCCGUCCCUCUGACAGCUCUGAUACUGUGAUUCUCCUUCCUCAGGAAACGUUGAACCCACAGCACAGCACUUCUCAGUGUGUCUGCAGGGUGAUUUCCUAAUAAAAGUCCACUCUGACUGCGAGUGGGAGCUGUGUCUGGUGA